CCAGCUGUGGGGUGAUCGGAGUUUCAGGUUACCAAUUAUCUGGAUUAAGGAGAGGGGCUCCACAGGGAACCGGCCAAAAGGACGCUGGGGUGUGUGAUGCCUACGACUUCUAAUAGGCUGCCUGGUAAGAUGAGUCUAUGGAAACGGUUGCCAGGGCCGGCAAACGGCUCGUCCCGGAAAUCCUUGGACGCUUUAGUAACAGUGAAGUGACUGGACCAAUGCGGCACCCCUUCCGCUUUCGUUGCGCGGCUAGCCGAGUUCUACUAUAGCAGUUUUCCUUUGACUCCGGAAGUAAGGUCUUCUAGGUUCCUCCCUCCCCAAGAUGGCAGCUGGUGAAGACGAGUUACAGCUGCCACGGCUCCCCGAGCUGUUCGAAACCAGCAAGCAGCUCCUGGACGAAAUAGAAGUAGCGACGGAACCCACCGGGUCCCGGAUAGUCCAGGAUAAGGUGUCAAAGGGACUGGACCUCCUUGGGAAGGCUGCCGAAAUGGUAUCGGAGCUCGACUUGUUCAGCCGAAAUGAAGAUUUGGAGGAGAUUGCUUCCACCGACCUGAAGUACCUGAUGGUGCCAGCGUUUCAAGGAGCCCUCACCCUGAAACAAGUCGACCCCAACAAGCGUCUAGAUCAUUUGCAGUGGGCUCGAGAACAUUUUAUGAACUACUUAACCCAGUGCCAUUACUAUCAGGUGGCAAAGUUUGAGCUGCCCAAAACCAAGAACAACUCAGCUGAAAAUAACACUGCUACUUCCUCCAUGGCCUAUCCUAGCCUCGUUGCUAUGGCAUCUCAAAGACAGGCUAAAAUAGAGAGAUACAAGCAGAAGAAGGAGGUAGAGCAAAGGUUGUCUGCACUGAAAACUGCUGUGGAAAGUGGUCAAGCAGAUGAUGAGCGUGUUCGUGAAUAUUAUCUCCUUCACCUUCAGAGGUGGGUUGGCAUCAGCCUAGAGGAGAUCGAGAGCAUUGACCAGGAGAUAAAGAUCCUGACAGAAAAAGACUCUUCAAGAGAGGCAUCAACUUCUCAUUCAUCUCAUCAGAAGAGGCCUCCAGUGAAGCCCUUUAUUCUCACUCGGAAUGCGGCCCAAGCCAAAGUAUUUGGAGCUGGUUAUCCAAGUCUGGCAUCUAUGACAGUGAGUGAGUGGUAUGAUCAGCAUCAGAAACAUGGAACAUUACCAGAUCAGGGAAUAGCCAAGGCAACGCCAGAAUUAAAAAGAGCAGCCCAGGAAGAUCAAGAACAAAAGGAGGAAGAGGACGAUGAGCAAACACUUCACAGAGCACGGGAGUGGGACGACUGGAAGGACACUCAUCCUAGGGGCUAUGGCAACCGACAGAACAUGGGGUAAUCUCCCCACAGCACGACAAGACUACGGGUCGCACAUCUUCCCCACCAAGGAAAACUGCGGUCUUCCCCUCCUGAGGCACCUGCUUCAGCUGUGUACAACGAAAGCUGAAAUGCUGAGUCUUGCUUUGCGUUCAAUAAAGUGUCAAGUGAUUAACUGUAUUUGUACCCUAAAUAAUGAACUAGCAAUCUUGUUUUGGCAUUAUCUUCCUAAUCAUGGUGUAUUCUAAUUUCUUGAAUGGAAAGAAACGAGCACUGAGAAAUGGCUCUGUAUAAUAAAUGGCUGUAUGAAUUCUCUUUAAAAAAUAAUAAAAGUCCCUUCUAUUAAAGAGCUGUGCAGAAA